UUUCGCGCUUCAACACUGAAAACUCUACAUCGAGCGGGAAGAGACAACCACGACGUUGUUGGACAGACCAUCACAAGGACUGCCAUACCGCGAGCAACUGACUCGCAUCCCCCUCUGUGCUUCCCAAGAUCAUUUCCCCCAAGCAGGCUGGCUGUACUAGCAGCGCGCAAACAUGAAUCCCCCCAAUCCUCCGAAUAGCAUGCCACCACCAGCUGGUCCGCCUCAGCGACCGGCUCGGCAGAUCAGAGGACCACAGUCAGCCUUGACCGACUUCCUGGCUUCCCAAGGGAUCAAUGCCAACCAGAUUCGACAAGACGCCGAUGCGAGACGUGCUGCUGCUCGAGCGUCGCUGCAGAAUGGCGGUGGCGAUGGCGAUGACGAUGCCCCCUCUCCCGAGGCUGAAUCCGAGGUGGCUCCAGCUCGCAAGGAGACCAAGGCGCAAGCUGCAAAGAGAAAGAAGGAAGAAGAGAAAGCGAUUGCGAAAAUCAAAGCCUCGAAGCAAUUCCAACGUCGAAGAAAACAAUAUGGCUCGGAUGAUGAUAUGUCGGACGAGGAUGAGGCUGCCCGAGCAAUCUUCGAAGAGAGCAUGGCACCUCUGCCUGGUCAGAUGGAGAAUUGCGAGUUAUGCGAGAAGAGAUUUAGUGUUACAGCCUACAGCCGAGCUGGCCCAGAUGGUGGAUUACUCUGUCCCAAGUGCUCGAAGGAGCUCGGCAAGGAAGAGGGUUCUGCCAAGAAGAAGAGAAAGAUUGCAGCUGGACGAGCACGAAGACAACUACAAAGCAACCUCCUUGAUGGCAUCUACCCUGGUGCAAAGGAUCUCAUGACUCUCUGCAUUGAGACCCUGGCGAAGAAUGUCCACAAUGCAGACAGCCUCGGUGAUCUCUCGGAUGAAUUGGUUGAUAAGAUUGCCGCCAUUCUUUCCAAGAAGCGAUUGAUGACUCCCGAAACCCUCUACUUGUUCCUCAGACCUGGCUCCGAUACUGUUACUGUCUACGAUGCUGCUAAGCUCACCUCCGAUGACUUCAUCCGCAUCUUUCAGAUCGUUCCUACAGUCAAGCAUCUCCGCCUCCGAAAUGCCAUUCAAUUCAAGAACAAGGUCAUGGAUCACCUUCUUGGCACGACUGUCGAGUUGGAGACUCUCAGUCUCCAUGGCUCGAAUCUGAUUGAUGAUGGGAGAUGGGACCAAUUUUUGACCGAGAAAGGCUCUCAUCUCCGUGCAUUAAAAGUCUACAAUACAGAUGGUCACUUUGGCGAUGAGCAACUUGAGAUGGUUGCAACACACUGCCCAAAUCUUCAUCGCUUGAAGGUCUGCCACAACCAAAAGGUCACGACGAAGGGCGUUCACCAUAUAGCGAAGAUGCCGAAUCUUACACACCUCAGCCUCGAACUCUACCAACAAAUGCCUUUCCUCGAAGGCGACCUCAGUCUCACGGAUGUACUUGAUUCCACUGGCGCCGGUCUCCGCACUCUCUCUCUUGCAACGAUCCAUAACCUCACGAACAAUGUAUUGAAAGAUAUCCACGACAACUGCCAAAACCUCUCCAAGCUCAGGCUGACGGACAACUCCACCUUCACCGAUGACGGCUUCGCCAAUCUCUUCACCGGCUGGCUUAACCCCCCUCUCAUCUACAUCGACCUGCACAAAUGCCGUCACAUCGACGCCGCCGAGCCGCGUGAGAACCCCAACAGGGUCGGUCUCGGAUCCGCCGGUUUCGAAGCCCUGAUGGCUCACUCCGGCUUGACUCUCAAGCACCUCAACGUCCAUUCCUGCCGCCACAUCUCGCGCGAAGCGUUCGAGAACGUCUUCGCUGAAGACAAGACAUACCUCGAGAUGCAGGAAAUUGACAUCAGUUUUUGCCAAUCGGUCAACGAUUUCGUCGUCGGUAGUAUCUUCCGCAGCUGUCCGAACCUCAAGACAUUGAAGGUGUUUGGCAACUUUGGCGUGAAGGAAGUUAAGGUUCCGAAAGGCAAGAUUCUCAUUGGUGUUCCGAAUGCGUUGGGUAUGCAGAUUGAGGGUACGGAGGAGGAUGAGGGUAGGGUUAUUUGAUCUGAUUCCUUGAUUGGAUCUGGCUGCUCUGUAGGACGUUUUGGUCAUGGUGUAUUCCCUGCUUUAUGGCGCUUUGACGUCAAGGAAUCAAUGGUAUUUGUCGGCCAGGACAUGGCGAGAACGUCCCAGUAUGUAUACAAAGUAACCGGGCUUUAGACGAAUAAAUGAACACUUUGCUAAUUAACCUUAUGCGCAUUCCUCUAUCUUCCCAUUGAGUAUCGUAAGCUUUGGCUUGAAAGUGCGUGGGUAGCUGGCAAGUGCUACUACGCGUUCUUUCCUCCUUCCCUUCUUCACCGAAUGAACGAAUCAUUCUCGGAUAUCUAACCUCGUCCAGCACG